AAUCUUCCUUCGUGUGCUACUAUUUGGUCUGUAAGACAACGCUGAGGGGUCAAUAUGAUCCCGCUCCAUGUUUCUUCGGUUGAUGCAGCUGUGUUUGUAGCAGUCGCCUAACUUAAGCACUUUGACAGUGUUCAUAGCAAAUACCCAGUGUCUCUGGGGAGCAGGGCCGAGCUGAGAGUCGGUGUGAAGCAUCGUUGGCUUCCAACAAUGUCCAGCAGCUCAUCCAUCCACCUAACGCUGCCGCAGUGGGACGGAGGCUCGAGGAGAAUCCGCUUUAUUCACCUGGUGGGUGGGACAUCGUUCAGGCUGACAGAGAGUCCCCACAAGGCUCCAGUGAUUCCUCUGUAUUUAGGAGCUGAUGUCUUCUCCAGCACUGACGUCCGCACAGAGAACCAUCCCAGAUACCACGCCAAGUUCGCCAAGAAAGGACUGGCCACCAAAAUACACUUUUCCUCAGCAUUCAGGUUUCACGGGUUGAAGGUCCCUGCUGCAAGUAACUGCCUCUGGUUCUACAGUAUUCAAGGUCUUUUUCGUGUAGCCUUUGAGAUGUACAGUAAGCAAGAGCAGCUUGCUGUGCUUGAGAACUUCCAGGACGUUUGGAAAUCGCAAAUAAAUGACAGCCCUCUGAAAAUGAGUUACAGCCUCAGUAACCUGCUCGACUUUGCAACACCAAGCAGCAGGUGUGAGUCACGAAAUGAGGCAGCAACACCUCAGCAUUGCAAGGUUGGCAGGGAACUGGACGCAUUAGUCAGUGACAGAUCAGCAGAUCAUGAUUAUUGCUCUUUUCCCAGGAAGAGCUUGCAACCUGAGCAAAGACAAGUGGUUGCCACAGUGAAGCAAAGAUUGCACAGCUUGGAUGACAAACUCUCCUCCGAGACUCACAGCCACACAGAACAUCUGGAGACUGUUUUGCUACUUUUGGAGAACAUUGAUCGGCUCGUAAAUGGGAAGCUAGAGGAAAAGGAUGUGACCGAAACGGUAUUGGCCCUGCUAAAGGCUAAAAACUGGGGCUCUGUAUACUCAAGUUCCCUGCUGAGCUGUGUGGGACGGUGGCUGGGCCAGCAGUUUCAUGCAGCCAACAGUAGCAUCAGUCAGAAAGUGGAGGGCUUUAAAGUUCAGCAUAUUGAGCGAAUAAGUGACUUGCCCCCUGCUGAGGAACUAGCCACAGAACUAUUCCCAGAGGCCAUGCAGACGCUGCUGCUUCACUGGAUGGGGUUGAGUGAGGAGUCCACUCUGGAGAAGAGGCACAGUGAAUAUCCAAUCCUGCUCCUUAUCCUGGAGUUUGCCAACCACAACCUGAUCACUGGUGUGGCUCACGUGCUGUACUCCAGUCUUAUAUGUAAAUAAAGAUGAAUUCCAUGUGGGCGUCAACAGAAGCAUUUACGAUUCAACUCAAGUUCCAGUGCUCUAAUAAAUGUAGAUUUUGUAUUUGAAAUUUACAAGAGUCUCUUUUAUGUGGCAAAUACCAUUUCACUUUGGUUCGGUACCAAGUAGGAUUAUUUGACUUUAAAUAAAAACUUUAUUUUGGUAUUAUGUCAUUCUACAAAUUGUGUAUUAUUUCAAAUACUUAAUUCAACACCAAUUUGAUUCCAAUGUUUUAUCCUUAGUUUUAUCCUUAAGGCCAAGCCCUCGCAAAAGAACCAACUUCAUUUUAACAAAAAACGUGAUGACCCAUAUACAUAUCACAGGCAAUAAAUAAAUGAAUGAGGUGAGGUCGGAAAAACCUUACUCAACACAAAACUAAUUUAUUUCAAGAAUAUCUGAAAUUGUGAUUACUCUUCUUGGACCUUCCUCCAUCAGCUUUCUUGAUACAAAUGCGUACCACAGCCCACAGCUUAUUUUUUCCCAGUCAGUAGAAAUGAAACCAUUCUGUUAACGACACUGGCCUCAGAAGCAUUUAUCUAAAUGGAUGGAAAUAGUUUUCACUUGAACCACAUUAUAAUCAGUUUUUGUUCAAACAAUCACACAUCAAUAUAU